UAUUGUAAAUGUUGAACGAGGAUUCCCGGGAAACUUGUCGUCGACUGCUAGUGCUACCCUGCUAAGGUGCAUGAGUAUGAGUGGGAAGCUUCAUGAAUCCUUCUUGUAACUCAUUGAUAUUGACGCAGGAUCAAGAUGAUGGCUGGCAGUGUGAAAGCCAUUGACAAGCAGUCAGUGCAUCGGAUCUGCUCGGGUCAAGUAGUUCUCAAUCUAGCAACCGCUGUCAAGGAACUGGUGGAGAAUGCACUGGAUGCUGGGGCCACAAACAUAGAUAUUCGUCUGAAGGAGUAUGGCUCUGAAAUCUUGGAGGUCACAGACAAUGGAUCAGGAGUAGAGGAGAACAAUUUCCAGGGACUGACUUUGAAGCACCACACCUCUAAACUCAAGGACUUCUCAGAUCUCAGCAGCGUGGACACAUUUGGAUUCCGCGGUGAAGCCCUCAGCUCAUUGUGUGCUCUGAGUGACAUGACGAUAGUUACUUGUCAUGAAUCAGUGAGUGUUGGAAGCAGGUUGGAGUAUGACCAUAACGGCAAGCUGGUGAAACAGACACCCUGUCCAAGACAGCAUGGGACUACAGUCACACUGCAGAAUUUGUUUUCUACCCUGCCUGUGAGGCACAAGGAAUUCCUAAGGAAUUUGAAAAAGGAAUUUACCAAGAUGGCGCAGUUGCUACAGGCCUACGGGAUCAUAAGCUCAGGUGUCAAACUGACUUGCACCAACCAAGUUGGCCAGGGGAAACGCUCUCCGGUUCUGUCGACUAGUGGAAACACUUUGCUAAAAGAGAAUAUAGCCAAUGUCUUUGGACAAAAGCAGCUCCAGAGUUUGCUUGAAUUUUCCCAAGCCUCUCCAAGUUCUGAACAGUGUGAGGAGUACGGAAUAACAGAGCAGCAACUGCAAGACCAGCUCUUCAAAUUGACGGGAUAUGUGUCCAAGAGUGACCAUGGACAAGGCAGGAGCAGUGCGGACAGACAGUACUACUACAUCAACCAGAGGCCCUGUGACUUCCCAAAGGUCUCCAAGCUUGUAAAUGAGGUCUACCACAUGUACAACCGACAUCAGUAUCCGUUUGUGGUUCUGGAUAUCUCACUUGCCAAAGAGUCUGUGGAUGUGAAUGUUACCCCGGAUAAAAGGAAAAUCUUUGUGCUGGAAGAAAAGAGUUUGUUAGCUAUGUUAAAGGCUUCAUUGCAGCUGAUGUUUGAGCCGCGGUCGUCCCUCUAUGAUGUGAACUCUCAGAUGAAAUCAUCGUCAGGAACCAACAGUGGAAAGACUGAGACUGGAGGAAUAUCGGGCCCGCUCGCUAGACCAUCUCUAAGCAGUGCGUCCACAGGUGAAGGGCGUAAACCAGACUACGGUGGCCUCAAGGUGACACUAGCUGGAUUAAAGAGGUCCUUUUCACAUGCAGGAUCCAGCAGUAAUGAAGAACAGACUAGAGCAUCUAAACAGCCGAGGUUAGAUGCUUUCCUGUUGAAAAGAUCCAAGACAGAGCCAGCCAAAUCUCCCAACCAUCUUUCCUCUAUGCCACACAACCAUGUAACAAAUGACUCCCAAUGGAGUAUUAAGACCGGCAAAGAUAACUCAUUUCAGAUGGAAAAGGAUUCAAUAGAAAAUAAUGAAGAUGUGUGUUCUGGAGAGGCGAUGCCAACUCGUCGAGAAGGGAAUGAAUAUCCCAGCACAGAUGUCGACCCAAAUAUAACAAUAGAUGAGGAACAACAUCCAGACCAUGGAACUCACAUUGAGACAAACUCUGAAGAAUGCUCCAAACUUCCGGAUCCGGAAGAACUGAGUUCAAAGUUAUCGUAUGAUCAAUUGGAAAGAAGUCCCAAUAGUGACCUUAAACAAGAUGGCUGCCCUACACUAGACAGAACUAGAAAUCUACAAGGUGUUUUAGAGGAAUCCUCUUCUGCAGACAAAGCGAAUGACUCCGCGACAGACAAAGCGAAUGACUCGAGCAGAAACCAAGACACGAUGCUGAGCAGUCGCAGCGAAGUCAAUCAUUCUCCAAAUGAAACAGAAGGCCCGACAUCCAAUGAAGAAAAUGUGGCAGUUUCCGCCAAAACAGAGGACAGUGAAAUGACUGCAUUGAAAGCGAAAGAUAACAAAACUCAACAGACGGUACUUGUCAUGGAUGACUCCAGUUUUCAGGGUACUGCAUCAAGGAGAGAAGUCAGGGUACCAUUCUCAAUGGACGUACUUUCCAACAGGAUGAGAGACAAACAAGAUUCUCGGUGCAACUCAAGAACUUUGACUCGUACCUUCAAGGCAACCAUCGUUCCUUCAGACAACAGCACGGCAGAAGAGGAACUCAAGAAACAUGUCAGUAAAGACAUGUUUUCAUGCAUGGAGAUACUGGGCCAAUUCAACCUUGGAUUCAUCAUAGCAAAGCACAAUAGGGACUUGUUCAUCAUUGACCAGCAUGCCACAGACGAGAAGUAUAACUUUGAGAUGUUGCAGAGGCACACAGUACUACAGGGCCAGAGACUCAUCCAGCCCAUGCCUUUAGAGCUGACCGCCGUCAGUGAGUCCAUUCUGAUAGACAAUCUGGAAAUAUUCAAGAAGAACGGAUUUGAUUUCAGUAUCGACAUGGAAGCCAUGCCCACCCAGAGGGUCAAAUUGACGUCUCUGCCUAUGAGCAAGAAUUGGACCUUUGGCAAGGAGGACAUUGAUGAAGUCAUCUUCAUGCUCAGUGAUUCUCCAGGUGUGAUGUGUCGGCCCAGCAGGGUACGUCAGAUGUUUGCCUCGCGGUCUUGUCGGAAGUCCAUCAUGAUCGGAACGGCACUCAACAAACGAGAGAUGAGAAAGUUGGUGAAUCACAUGGCAGAUAUUGAUCAACCAUGGAAUUGUCCACAUGGUCGCCCUACAAUGAGACACCUGUUUAAUCUUGACAUGUUGCCAGACUGAACUAUGGGAACGAGUUGGAAUGAGAGAAACCCUUCCAUAUUAUCACUCAGCUCUACAUUGAAGGCAUUGACUUGUAUUUCCGCAUCACUAUUUUAGCACCUUAGCAUGUUUUUUUCUCUGCUUACUGCUCUUGUCUCCUAGAAUGUGUGGGGUCUUUGAAAUCAUAACACUGUCUACUUAGCAGUGCCAUAAAAUCGUAACUUUGUACCAGUGUACUAGUGGAUCUGUUGAUGACUUCUUAUACUUUUGAAUUCUGGGCAAAAAGUUAGGAAUCUUAAUAAAUGGGUUUCAUUAUAUUAAUAACAUAAUCAGUAUUUUGACACCAAUAACACAAAUUAUGUAUAACCUUGUCAUUUUUUUAAAUAUAAAUUUAAUACUUUUGUACAUCUGUGUUAUUUUAAUAAAAAAGAAAUUUGACAUAACCUA